GGAAUUAUAACAAUGCUAAAGCCUUCCGCCGGAGGUGGAUGAAAGUCUAUUUACAAUAAAUGUUAAUGAAAUUAACUUUCCUGUCUCCCUAAUAUGUAAAUUUUUAGCUUACAAAAUUACCUCGAAAAAAUGGCAUUUAAAAGAUUUAUAUCACUGUUUACCAGUCAUGUGACUCACAAUACAAAAAAUAAUAUAAAUAGGAGAUUUGCAUCCAACUAUAAAGCUGCAGUAUUAAAGAAUUUAAAUGAACCUUUAUUAAUUGAAGAACUUCCACAAAAAAAACUGAAGAGAGGGCAGGUGAGAAUUAAGGUUCAUGCUUGUUCUAUUAAUUCUUCUGAUUAUCUUUUGACUCAAGGAGCUAAUCCAGGCAAUUUCCCUCUUCCCAUUGUCCCCGGCUAUGAAGUCAGUGGCACAGUUCUAGAAACACAAGGCUGUACCGAUGUGGCCAAAGGUGACAAAGUCGUAGCACUAAGUAAAAGUACUCUUGGCGGUUUUGCUGAAGAAUGUAUCGUUGAUGAAAAAGAUACGUGGAUUCUGUCCGGUGGACUUGAUUUCAAAGUCGCAGCUGCACUUCCAGAUUCCUUUGGUACUGCCAUGUUAGGACUUGUACACAGAGGACAUUUGUCUGAAAAACAAACUGUUCUUGUAACGAUGGCUGCUGCUCACGGUUUUGCUGCUUUGGAUCUUGCUGCUAAUGUUUAUAAAGCUAAAGUUAUUGCUGUAUGCAUGUCUAAUGAAGAAACUGCAAACCUUAGAAAAAGAGGAGCCUGGAUGGCUACUUCAUUUAGUGAAAAAGAAAUCCUCCAUGAUGUAAAAGAGCUGACUAAGGACGUAGGAUUGAAUGUAAUUUAUGAUACCUUAGGAGGAGAAGCAUUGCAUACUUGUAUGAAAUGCAUUAGCCAUGAAGGUCAUAUAAUAAUUGCUGGUUACACCCUUUCUGAGUUACCUCGUGUAAGGAUUUCUGAGCUCCUCACAUUACCGUGCUUCAGUUUGUCUGGCGUUUCUCUCACAAGUUAUAGAAAGCAUGAUUUUUCUGUCUAUAGGAAAGCUGUUGACGAUGCUCUAGAUAUGAAAGAACAAGGUCUCAUAUCUCCUGUAAUAAGUGCAACGUUCCCUCUCCAAGAAGUUAAUAAAGCUAUGGAAUUGAUCAAAGAGAAGCAACCACUCGGGAAGAUUGUCCUAGAAAUUGCAUAAUUACAGGUUCUUCAGUAGUUACAUCUUCUAGCUGCAAUCUUGUUCAUUCAAUUCAUUCACUUAUAAAAAUUGUUAAGUAGGCCAUGGCAUCUAUGUAUGUAUAUUGAUUUAUAUAAUAUACAUACAU